AUGCAGCGUUCAGGGUCCCAGUCGGAUCGACUGGGCGCGGGUGGGGGCGGGACAACGUUCAUCGCGAAGAGUUCAGCCUCGGAGCAUAGCAUGUCCACCGGGGUGUCAGCCAGCAGCAGUGGCGGCACCCUACCUCGCACACUCAGCACUAGCGUGCUCAGAAUCAAAAACCGUUCCACCUUCUGGGACAAAUUCUGGGACGAGCGUACCAGACGCGACGCCCACGGCGAAGACUUGAUUGUGACGCCAUUCGCGCAAGUCCUGGCGAGUCUGCGCAGCGUUCGCAACAACUUCUUAUCUCUCACCAAUGUCCCGGUCGCAAAAUCGCGGAGGUCUUCGGGAGCAGCGACAGCUGUUACACCCCAACCAAAAAACUUUAAUCCUGGAGACGAAGCCUACAUGAAGCUAGCACUAGAGACUGUGGAGGAGCUGGAUUGGUGCCUGGACCAGCUGGAGACCAUACAAACACAUCGCUCCGUGUCGGAUAUGGCAUCGCUUAAGUUCAAGCGGAUGCUCAACAAGGAGCUGAGCCACUUCUCCGAGUCCAGCAAGUCCGGCAACCAGAUCUCGGAGUACAUCUGCUCCACAUUCUUGGAUAAACAACAAGAGUUGGACCUACCAUCGUUGCAAGUUGAAGAGAACACUGAGCGCACCAAGAAAAAGGAAAAACCCCGUCAUGGCGGACCCAGUGGUACUAUGUCACAAAUAUCCGGCGUCAAGAGGACACUAACCCACACUAACAGCUUCACCGGUGAACGUGUGCCAAGGUACGGCGUGGAGACCCCCCACGAGGAAGAGCUGGGUCGCCUGCUCGGUGAGCUGGACCGCUGGGGCGUAGACAUCUUCCGCAUCGGAGACCUGACUUGCGGUCGGCCCCUGACGGCGGUGGCUUACGCCGCGUUCACUUCGCGCGAGCUACUGACAACCCUGCAGAUUCCGGCACGCACCUUCAUAGCGUUCGCAGUCACGCUCGAAGAGCACUAUGUGCGUGACAACCCUUUCCACAACUCGCUCCAUGCGGCCGACGUGACACAGUCCACUAACGUACUCCUCAACACACCGGCUCUCGAUGCCGUGUUCACGCCCAUCGAGGUGUGCGCAGCGCUCUUCGCCGCCUGCGUCCAUGACGUCGACCACCCCGGCCUCACCAACCAGUUCCUGGUCAACUCCAGCUCGGAGCUCGCGCUUAUGUACAACGACGAGUCUGUCCUCGAGAACCACCACCUCGCCGUGGCGUUCAAGCUGCUGCAGAACGACGGCUGCGACAUCUUCGUCAACCUGCACAAGAAGCAGAGGCAGACGCUGCGGAAGAUGGUCAUCGAUAUGGUGCUCUCCACUGACAUGUCCAAACACAUGAGCCUGCUCGCCGAUCUCAAGACCAUGGUCGAGACAAAGAAAGUCGCCGGCAGUGGAGUGUUGCUUCUCGACAACUACACGGACAGGAUACAGGUGCUGGAGAAUCUCGUGCACUGCGCUGACCUGAGCAACCCCACCAAGCCUUUGCCGCUGUACAAGCGAUGGGUCGCGUUGCUCAUGGAGGAGUUCUUCCAGCAGGGCGACCGCGAGAGGGAGCAGGGAAUGGACAUUAGUCCGAUGUGCGAUAGGCACAACUCGACCAUAGAGAAGUCGCAGGUCGGUUUCAUCGACUACAUCGUUCACCCGCUGUGGGAAACUUGGGCCGAUCUAGUACAUCCGGACGCCCAGGACAUUCUGGACACGCUGGAGGAGAACCGUGACUACUACCAAAGUAUGAUUCCGCCGUCGCCGCCGCCCGCGCCCUUGGGCACCGAUGACGAGCGCCCCGAACAAAUACGCUUCCAGGUCACUCUCGAGGAGGGGGAGGGCUCGGAGGAGUGUGAGGGGGAGGGCGAUGGUGGGAUG